AUGACUAUGGACAGCCUAUUGCUGAAGCGCAGCAAGUUCCUCUAUCACUACAAGAACCUGCGCUGGGCCCGGGGCCGGCAUGAGACCUACCUGUGCUACAUAGUCAAGCGGAGAUACAGCUCAGUCUCCUGCGCUCUGGACUUCGGGUACCUGCGGAACCGCAUUGGCUGCCACGCUGAGAUGCUCUUCCUGCGCUACCUGUCUGUCUGGGUGGGUCACGACCCCCACAGGGACUACCGGGUCACGUGGUUCAGCUCCUGGAGCCCCUGCUAUGACUGUGCCAAGCGCACCCUCCAGUUCUUAAAGGGGCACCCCAACUUCAGCCUGCGCAUCUUCAGCGCCAGGCUCUAUUUCUGUGAAGAGCGCAACGCAGAGCCUGAGGGGCUGCGGAAACUGCAGAAAGCGGGGGUGCGACUGUCUGUCAUGAGCUACAAGGAUUAUUUCUACUGCUGGAACACCUUUGUGGAGUCCCGGGAGAGGCGCUUCGAAGCCUGGGAUGGAUUACACGAGAACUCGGUCAGACUGGCGCGGAAGCUGACUCGCAUCUUGCAGCCACCAUACGACAUGGAGGAUCUACGGGAAGUGUUUGAUCUCCUCGGGCUUUAAAGGUCCGAGUCCGACGGCCACUGCCAUGAGAUCCAAUGAGAGUGUCCCCUUGGGGCAAAGUCUUCUCAUUUACCCCAGGGUCCUUCUCUCUAUUCCCAAUUCUACUUGUACAGGUUCCCUAAAUUGAGUCUGGUUCAUAAACUUUCUUACGUCUUCCCCACUGUAUAUAAUCACUUCCCUGCGGUCAGGCCACUUGCACACUUACAUUUACAAACAAUUUGUACAGCCACGUCCCCACUGAGCCUCCCCCCCAAACCUCCCGUCAUUCAUGUGAAUGGAAUCCAAUGUUUGUUACAGACAGUUUUCAGCCUAGAAACACUAAAAUGUGCAUUUUGGCCCCAAAACUAUCUGAAGCAGUGACAGGAGAUUCCUUUUAUAUCAAUGACUCUGGGGGUAUCAGGUACAGAAUGUGCCAUACAAUUACAUAUUUACGUAUAGCUUUAUUUCUAUAGCACUGUCCAGCUGACAAUACAGUAAAUAGUACAGGGACCAGUUAUCCAGAAUGAUCAGGACCUGGGGUAUUCCAGAUGUCCGUAAUUUGGAUCUCCAUACCUUAGGUCUUCUGAAAAAUUAUUCCAAAUGUAAUCAAACCCAAUAGGCUGGUUUUGCUUC